CGGGUCUCUCUGUUACGUGAAGCAUUCGGAGGCCACGUGUAAAUGCGAACGCACCCACGUCCCCUCUUUAUCACGGCGUUAACAGCCGCAUAGUUCGGUGUAAAGGGCAUCCUAAAAAAAGAACUAAAUCCUCGACCGUGGACAGACCGGUGCAGCUCAUGCUCAAUGACAUGGAGAGACGAGAGAAGACUCUGUUUCGCCUGGAACAAGGCUUCGAGCUCCAGUUCCGACUGGGUCCGACUUUGCAGGGGAAGAAUGUGCAUGUCCACACCAAUUACCCUGCGCCAGGACAAAAAUUCGACCGGUGUACGUUUCGUGUCCUCGACUGGAUCAGCCCCAGUGGGAAGCAGGAUGACUCGGGGAAGUACUGCAAGCUGGACCUUGAGAUCGCUGGAUCUUACCAGUAUUACUUCGGAUGUGGGAAUGAGGAGAAAACUGGAGGGGGGUAUUUCGUGGUGGAUCCCGUGCUACGAGUUGGCCCCGAAAGAAAGGCGCUCCCCUUGGAUAGCAUCACCUCUCAGACGUACCUGUCUAAGUGCCUCGGGCCACUGGAUGAAUGGCUAGACCGGCUCAGAGUGGCCAAGGAAACAGGUUACAAUAUGAUCCACUUGACCCCGUUGCAGACAUUAGGCGCGUCACGUUCCUGCUAUUCGAUUGCUGACCAGCUGGAGCUGAACCCAGAUUUCUCUCCUCCGGGAAAGAAUUACACAUGGUCCGAUGUGGGGAACUUGACCGAGAAGAUCAGGAACGAGUGGGACAUGGUUUGCAUCACAGAUGUCGUGUAUAACCAUACAGCAGUAAACAGUAAAUGGCUCAAACUCCAUCCUGAGUGUACCUACAACCUGGCGAAUUCUCCACACUUGAAGCCCGCCUGGAUACUCGACCGAGCUCUUUGGCACUUCAGCUGUGACACUGCUAAUGGAAAAUACCGUGACCGAGGUCUACCAGCUCUGGUUGAGGACGAGGUGCAGCUCACUAGACUCCGCGAACUCCUGUGGCAGGAGGUUUUCCCUCGGCUGAAACUUUGGGAGUUUCUCCAGGUGAAUGUCGAGAAAGCCGUGGCACAAUUUGAUACACUUCUACAGGCCAGUGAUGGCUGGAAAAGGGACACUGAAAAGAGGGAGACAGAACAGAAACUAAAGAUCAUCCAGGAUCUGCAGUUCGAACGCUUUGGGAACACGGUGGACAUGAAGGUUGCACUUGAAAUAUUUGGCAAGCACACGAACGGCCUCGCUGCAAUACAAGCCUGCUGUGAUAUGUUCAAGAAGAGUUUGGAGAAGCUGAAUGAGGAUUGCUAUAAGGAAAUGCUCCACCAUCACGAGAAGGCUGUGAACUGCAUCGUGGAGACCAUGAGACACGAGCGUCUUGCAGUAAAUGGUCCCAGACUUGGCUUGGUGACCAAAAAACAUCCUUUGGUGCAGAGGUAUUUCACCUUUCCAUUCGAGGACAUGCCGAUGGAGAAGGAAGAAUUGCUGCUUCAGAAUGCAGAUGAUGCGUAUCAAAUCCAAGCUCACAAUGGAUGGGUGAUUGCAGACGACCCUCUCAGGAACUUUGCAGAACCAGGCUCUAAUGUCUACUUGAGGAGAGAACUACUCUGCUGGGACGACAGUGUAAAGCUCCGCUAUGGCAGUAAACCUGAGGACUGUCCCUAUUUGUGGGAGCACAUGAGGAAGUACACGGAGAUAAUGGCCAAACACUUCUGUGGUAUACGACUGGACAACUGCCAUUCCACACCUCUACAUGUGGCUGAGGCUAUGUUAGCUGCUGCCAGGGCAGUCAGGCCCAAUCUGUACGUGAUAGCUGAGCUGUUUACGGGGAGUGACCAGCUCGACAAUACCUUCGUUAACCGUCUGGGGAUCACAAGUCUCAUCAGAGAGGCAAUGAGCGCUGAGGACAGUCAUGAGGAAGGCGGGCUGGUGUACCGCUUUGGCGGGGAACCUGUUGGUUCCUUUAUACAGCCCAACCUGAGGCCUUUGGUUCCAGGCAUCGCACAUGCUAUGUUUCUUGACGUUAGCCAUGACAACGAGUGUCCUGUCAAGGUCCGGUCUGUGUACGACUGCCUCCCUAGCGCUGCAAUUGUAUCUAUGGCGUGUUGUGCCACAGGCAGUACUAGAGGAUAUGAUGAGCUAGUUCCUCAUCAGAUUUCAGUCAUCACUGAGGAGCGUCUGUACUCCAAAUGGAAUGCGGAUGCUCUGCCCUCAUCUCCGGGCGAAGUGAACCUCCAGUCCGGCAUCCUAGCAGGGAAGCUGGCACUCAACAGGCUUCACCAUGAGCUGGCUGAGAAGGGAUUCACACAGGUCUAUGUUGACCAGCUGGAUGAAGACAUUGUGGCUGUAACCAGGCAUUGUCCAAGCACACACCAGUCUGUAGUGACUGUCUCUCGAACUGCUUUCGAAAACCCCAAAACGCACCACUACAGUGAAACAGUAUCUCCCUUGUUCAUACCAGGCCAAAUAAACGAGGUGAUCCUGGAGGCACGUACGGUGCAGAAAGACACUGUUGCCUACGUGAAAGACGAGAAGUGCAUAAACGGCAUGCCCGAGUACACAGUGGAGCUCAUGGAACAUCUCCAGCUGAAAGACAGCCGAGUGGUGAAACUAGGAGAUACUACAACAAAUAAUGGCAAUGAGUUUGUCCAGGAGAUCGUGUUUAAACGUCUGACUCCAGGCAGCGUGAUUGCGUUCAGGGUGAGUCUGGACCCAAAAUCUCAGGACUUGCUGGGCUUCCUGCGUACUCAACUCUAUCAGUUUAAUCGCCUGUACAAAUUAGGCAGUCUGACUGACUCAGAUGUUCCUGACAUUCUCAAAGUCCCCCUGGAACUCCUGAUCUCCAAGCUGUCCCUGGCUGAGCUGAAUGUGUUGCUGUUUCGCUGCAAUGCUGAGGAACAGGAAGACGGUGGAGGAUGCUACACUAUCCCAUCCUGGAUGUCCCUAAAAUAUGCAGGACUUCAAGGGUUCAUGUCAGUGCUUUCUGACAUUCGACCAAAGAACGACCUUGGCCACCCCUUUUGUGACAACCUGAGACAAGGUGACUGGAUGCUUGACUACAUUAGCUCUCGUCUCACUUAUAAGGAUGGAGCUCUAGGAGAGGUGGGGAAAUGGUUCGAAGCCAUAUUUGCCUAUCUAAAGAAAAUCCCACGCUACCUCAUUCCGUGUUACUUUGAUGGCGUUAUUGCUGGAGCGUACGCUACUGCUGUGCAGGUGGUCUUCAACAAGAUGUCCCGCUUUGUGAGGGUUGGAUCGACCCUGGUGAAGCAGUUGGCACUGGGCUCAGUUCAGAUGUGUGGUGUGGGCCCUGUGCCUGCUCUACCUGCCCUCUCUCCUGCCCUGCAAGACAUCCCACAACGCCUCAACACCAUCACCAAGCAGAACGAGCAGUGCUGCGUGUCACUGGCUGCAGGCUUGCCUCAUUUCUCUUCCGGAAUUUUCCGCUGCUGGGGCCGGGAUACCUUCAUAUCCUUGCGUGGCCUCAUGCUGGUCACGGGACGACACAUAGAGGCAAGGAACAUCAUCCUGGCCUUUGCCGGUACUCUGAGACACGGCUUGAUCCCUAACUUGCUUGGUGAGGGCUCAAAGGCGCGCUACAACUGCCGGGAUGCCGUGUGGUGGUGGCUGAAGUGCAUCCAGGACUAUUGCGCUUUAGUCCCUCGUGGCCUGGACAUCUUGUCUUGCCCUGUGUCACGCAUGUACCCUACUGACGAGUCUGAACCCCAGCCUUCGGGCACCGUGGACCAGCCUCUGUAUGAGGUCAUCCAGGAGACAAUGCAGCGCCACAUGCAAGGCAUCGAAUUCAGGGAGAGGAACGCCGGGCCUCAGAUCGACUGCUACAUGAGGGACGAAGGAUUCAAUGUUAGUGCAAAGGUUGACCCAGAAACUGGCUUUGUAUACGGAGGAAAUCGAUUCAACUGUGGGACCUGGAUGGACAAAAUGGGAGAAAGCGACAAAGCUGGGAAUCGUGGGAUACCGGCAACACCCAGAGAUGGUGCUGCAGUUGAGAUCGUGGGUCUUUGCAAGUCCACCGUGGGCUGGUUGACGCUUUUAAAUCAAAGCGGACACUUCCCGUACUCUUCUGUCAGUGUCCAGAAAGACGGGGAAACGCACACUGUUUCGUACGAGGAGUGGAACUGCAGGAUCCAGGAUAGUUUUGAGGAGAUGUUCUAUGUGUCACCUGAUCCAGAGGAAAAACAGGAGGAACAUCCAGAGCUAGUGCAUAAAAGAGGCAUUUACAAAGAUACCUACGGUGCCUCCAGUCCCUGGUGUGAUUAUCAGCUCCGGCCCAAUUUCACCAUCGCCAUGGUGGUGGCUCCUGAGCUGUUUACACUGAAUCGAGCAUGGGCAGCUUUGGAGAUUGCUCAGACGAAACUGCUUGGACCACUGGGAAUGAAGACUUUAGACCCGGAUGACCUGGUUUACUGCGGCAUCUAUGACAACACCCUGGACACCAACGACUACAACGUCGCGAAAGGCUUCAAUUACCACCAAGGACCUGAGUGGCUUUGGUUGGUCAGUUACUUCCUCCGAGCCAAACUACAUUUUGCAAAGCAGAUGGGUCGGGAAGUUCACAACCAGACUGUGACUUUGGUUCGAAACGUUCUCUCCAGGCAUAACGUCCACUUGGAAAGAUCUCCCUGGAAAGGUUUACCCGAGCUGACCAAUAAGAACGGAGAGCGCUGUCGUUUCAGUUGCGAAACCCAAGCCUGGUCCGUUGGUACGGUUCUGGAAGUCCUGUAUGACCUUUGCAAUCCUGAAGACCUGUAGAUUGUUGCAGGAUUUGUGUCAAACUGCAUUUGAUCGGUACAUACAUCUAAACAGCUGGUGAACGAAGACGUGUUGCCAAGGUUUGCUUUAAAGAAUAAUCUCUUUGGGAUGAGAAACCUUCUACUUCUUCUUCUUCUUCUUCAUCUUUCGGUUGCUCCCACUAGGGGUCGCCACAGCGGACAGCAUCCGUCUCCAAGACCUUUUUUGCAUGAGAAAUAUCUACCUGAAAUCUUUUUGGGUGUGUGUAAACAGGAUGGAUUUUCUUGUGAAUUCAGUUCAGUACCGCGCAUGUAACUCCGCCCCCUUUUUUGCGUAACCCUCGUGUAAUGCUCUGGAUAUACAGUAUAUGUAAUGGAGUUCAGUCGAUAUGUUUGAGUAUAAAUAUGAAAUGAUAGACUUUUGCAAAGAAUUUCAUUGCUGUUUUAUUUUAUAUAUGUGGUUUGUGGUGGAAUUAAACAUUUUAGUAAUUUU